AUGAGUAUAACUUUGAAGUCGCUUCCAAGGCCCAUUUUACACAUUUCUCCUAAUGUCAUCGGCGUACGAUAUUUACAAAUGAAUUCAAAUAGUCUGUUGAAACCUUUAAUGGUACCAACUUUAAGAAAUCGAAUAUUGAAUCCAACAUGGAUCAUUGCUAGAAAUUUAUCAUACAGUCGACAUCAUCUGUUAAAACAUACAAAUAUUUUCUUACAAAAGAAAAAUAUUAAAAAUAAUAAUAUAUUAUCUAAAUCUGAUAAACGUCAUUUAAAAUUUACUAAGAUUAAAUCAAAUGAUAUUGGAGCUAUUGUGUCGGGAAAGGCAUUAAUGAAACAAAAUAAUGAUCAAACGAAUAUAUUAAAAGAUAAAAAUGGGACCAUAAAUAUUAAUGAUAAUAAGAAUAUGAAGUUGACUCUUCCAUUAACGACAACUUCGACAUUGAAAUCUUCCAACAUAGAUAUUGAAGAUAAAAUUUCAAUAUCAAGUAAUCCUAGCAUAAAUUCUCCUCUAAUGAAAGAUUCGGGUAAACCUUUAGUCAAUGAGAAUAUCAAAGCAGAAGCCUCUCCCAAAUUUGAGACGAAUAUCACGAUAGGGGCAGAAUCUGUUAUACAACGUUCAUUUUUCCAGAGAAUUAAAGAAAAUAUCAAAUGGUUUUUAAUAAGAAAUAAGAAAAGACCCUUUUCAAAAGAUGAAAUUGGAACUCUCUUUUCCUGGUUAUUUAUAUCACAAAUAAUAUGGUUGGUAUUGAAAACAACAACAGUAGUUUCAUUACUAUUAUUGACAUUUAACACUGUAUUCGCCAAAGAGCUUGUAGCACAAUUUAUUGGCAAACUCAUCAAUUAUUUCAGCGAGGAUAUUUCUAUUAGAUUCCAAGAUGCCCUGAUACCUGAGUGGAAAAGUGGGUUCAUUAAAUUUAAAGAUGUUCACUUAGAUACUAAUAAGAAUCAAAAAAAUGAUAUAUUGGAAUUUCAUUUAAUAUUCCAUGAAAUUGAAAUAAAUUUAUCCCUACGUAAAUGGUUACAAGGUAAAGGUUUGAUUAAUGAUAUUAAAGUUUUCGGAAUUAGAGGUGAAACCAUUAUCAAUUACAAAGAGAAUAAAAAAAUUGAAAAUUCUCAAGAAUUAUUACUUGAUUGGUUUACAAACCCAAAUUAUAAAUUAAUGAACGUGAAUUUAUCAGAUUGUAAAUUUAAUGUCAUUGAAAAUUUUGCAGAUAAAUUAGAACCAAAAAGUAUUAAGAUUCGUAUAUUCAACUUGGAUAUUUCAGGAUUAAGAUUCAACCAAUUAUUAACAGAUUUCUUAAAGGCAAACGUUAUUACAGGUUCUAUUAACAAUUCUUUGUUUACAUUCCAUAAAAGACAACACAAAUUAUCAUAUAUGGAUGAUAUGAAGGAUGACUUAUCUUCCUGGGAUAGAAUCACAAGAUUGAGAUUGAAUUCAAUUAACGUUAACACGCUGGGGCUAAAUAAAACAAAAUCAUUCAAUUGGAUUGAAGAUGGGGAUGUCGGUUUGGUAGCUGAUAUAAUGCUACCGCAAGACACCGAAGAUUCAGAAUUACAAGACAAUGAUAAAUAUUUGUUGUUAGAUCUAACAUUUAAAUUUAAGGAUUUGAAGGCUUCGUUACCUAAAGUCGCCCCAAUCUUAUCAACAGGGGAGCAAAUUAUUUCACUAGAUGAAUUAAAACCGGUAAUAUCGUUUGUUAACUUACAGAGGAUAUUAUCUCGUUCAAGUAAUUACUCCAGUAAUGAAAUAAAUAAUAUUCUUGAUGAUGAAAAUGAUGAACAUCCAUUUAGUCAUUCCACGCCCAAUGUUUCUAUCAAGAGAAAGAGAUCUUACCCAAAUAUUACGGUUAUUCAAUCUGAUAAGAAGAAAUCCAAUGGGGACAAUGAUACAGAUACAUCUGAUAAAGCCAACAAUGGUACAUCCAUUAUUAAAUUUCAUCCAACGCAUGAUAACAACCAACCAUAUAACACUGGGAAUUUUUAUAACUCCUCUUCAUUGGGAUCUAGUAAUAGAAACGAGUUGGUUUUACAUUGCAGAUUGGUCAAAAAUAUUAAAGAUUUAGAAAAAGUAAUUCUAUUUCAAGAGACUGGCGUAUAUGAUCAAAUCUGUAUGGAAUUAUACGUUGAUUUGAUCAAGACAGUUGAGGAAUGGGAAAUUAAAAAUAAAGACGAAUGGAUGAAAGAAUGGGGUACAACUUUUGCAUCUCAGUUAUUACUAUUUGGUUUCACAAAUGUCAUGUAA